AUGUUCUGCAGUCGUUUGAGGUCAACUCUCUGCCCGCCAUGGUUGUCUUUGUUCUUGUUAUGCACUGCAAGUCUCUUGAGCACAGAAUUCAAUUGGACGCAAGCGGUGCAGGUGACAUCCACAGGCCCGCAGACCAUCCAGAAGGCCAAGGGGGAGAGUGUGACUUUGGACUGCAGUUACACACUGAGCCCUUUAGACAUCGGAGAACUUGACAUCGAAUGGUCUGUGGUCAGUCCAGACACCACGCAGAAAGAUCAAAUGCUCAUGUCUUAUUCCAGCGGCACUAAAUAUGUCCAUGGUAACCAUGCACUUAUAAAUGGGAUCAGCUUUGCUGCUCCUGACCCCUCCCUGGGUGAUGCUUCGCUCUCAAUUGCUCUGCUGACACCUGCUCAUAGCGCUACCUAUCAGUGUAAAGUGAAGAAAUCACCUGGAGUGGACAUGCGAAAGGUGUCACUGGUGGUAAUGGCGAAGCCGUCUGUGCCUAAGUGCUGGGUGGAGGGAGGGGAGCUGGUCGGCGAGGCUCUGUCUCUGCACUGCAAGUCUGCAAAAGGCUCCACUCCCUUAAAAUACAUGUGGAGGAGAGAAAGUGCAGGCCCCAUCCCUGCUGCAGCCACACAGAAUGCAGCGACUGGGGAGCUGAAAAUCAGCAACCACUCGCAGAGCUUUGCAGGAAUCUACCUUUGUGAGGUGAACAAUGCUGUUGGAACCGAGCACUGCAGGAUCAACCUGAAAGCGAACAAACCUCCAAACAGAGCGGCGGUGAUAGUUGGCACCACUGUGGGUUCCCUGCUCCUCAUCUUCAUCCUGCUGGUCUUCAUCGGGGUUAUUUACUGGAAGUUGAGCAACAGACGUCGCUAUGAGAAGGAGUUCUCCAAUGAAAUCAGGGAGGAUGUUCCGCCUCCUGAGAGCCGCCCUGUCAGUCGUCGUACGAGCCGGAGUGCCAGUCAGCACCCACAGGUGACUUACUGUCAGGUGGUUGGGGCGGAGGUGGGCUGUUUGGAUGACGGACGCAUACACACUCCCUCCACUAACAGCCAUGGACACACACCGGUUAAAUACACACCAGUGGAAUAUGACAGCAACUACGGAUACGCAGUGUGA